AUGGUGAAGACGAAGUUGUGUUUGGACCACCAAAGCAGCAAAGGAUGUUUGAGAGGCAGCAAAUGUCCUUAUGCGCAUUCUGCUGCGGAGUUGAGGGCUUUGCCGGAUUUGCGGCGGACUAAGAUUUGCGCGGCGGUGCUGGCGGGCCGCAACUGCAAGAACCAGGCCUGCCGCUACGCGCACUCCGACGAAGAGCUGCGGCUCACCUGCCACUUCGCAGAAUACAGAACGCGGGAGCAGGGGGGCCGCGGGUGUCUGUACGGCUCGCGGUGUCCGUACGCCCACAGCGAGUCGGAGUUGAGGGUUUUGGGAAACUCCGAUUCUUUACAAGAUUUGAAAAUCAACCAGCAGCAGCAGCAGCAGCAGCAGCAGCAGCAGCAGCAGCAGCAGCAGCAGGAGCAGCAGGAGCAGCAGCGGAGCAGCAGCCCCCCGCUGCGCCCCCAGGAAGCGGCGCCCCAGCAGCUGCGGCCGUCCGUCGGCGAAACAGCAGCAGCAGCAGCAGCAGCAGAUGCGCAGCAGCAGCAGCAGCAGCAGAUGCAAGACAUGCAGCAGCAGCAGCUCCAAGACAUGCUGCACACGCUGCAGCAGCAGCAGCAGCAACAGCAGCAGCAUAUGCAAGACAUGCAGCAGCAGCAACAGCUCGAGCAGCAGCAGCAGCAACAGGCUGCGCCCGGGAAGCAGCAAAGUCUCCCCGAGCAGCAAAAUGACCUCCAGCAGCAGCAGCAGCAGCAGCAGCACGGCAGCACGAGCUUCAGCAGCAGCAACAGCAGCAGCAAGAGAAGCAAGAACGCUCUGAGAAAGAGCCUCAGGACACGAAGCAAGCAGCAGCAGCAACAGGAGCAGCAGCAGCAGCAGCAGCAGCAGCAGCAGCAGAGACGCAGCAGAUGUACUCCAAAGCGAGGAAGCAGCAGCAGCAAAAGCAGCAGCAGCAAAAGCAGCAGCAAGGAGCAGCUCACUACAUUGCACCAUAUCCGCUGCACAGCACUCGCGUUGCUUCUUCAACAGCAGCAGCUGCUGCUGCUGCAGCAGCAGCAGCAGCAGCAGCAGCAACCGGCCCCUGCUGCCUUCCCCUCCCUCUGCCCUCCAGGAGGCCUCCUCGGGGGGCCCCUAGGGGGCCCCCUGGGGGCCCCCUUAGGAGACCCCCUGGGGGCCCCCCUGGGGGCCCCCCUAGGGGACACUCUAGGGGCCCCCCUAGGGGCCCCCCUAGGGGCCCCUCUAGGGGGCCCCCUGGGGGCCCCCCUAGGGGCCCCCCUGGGGGCCCCCCUAGGGGCCCCUCUAGGGGGCCCCCUAAGUACCCCUCUUGGGGGCCCCCUGGGGGCCCUUUACUGCAAUGCUGUGGGGCCCCAGCAGCAAGGUGCUUACACACCAGUGCUGCCACAGCUGCAGCAGCAGCAGCAGCAGCAGCAGCAGGCGUUUUUGUCCCCUCUCGCUGCUGCUGCUGCUUCUCCUGCUAUUGCUGCUGCUGCUGCUGCUGCACCUGCUGCAGUUGGCCCGGCCCAGGCCCCUCUGGGGCCCCAAGAGCUCGACAGAAGACCCCAAGCAGCAGCAGCAGCAGCAGCAGAAAAGGGGGCCCCCGGGGGGGCCCCCCUGCAGCAGCAGGAAGCAGCAGCAGGGACAGGCAUUGACGGAAUAUGUUCAGAGUUGGUGGUGCUGCUGCGGUGCCUUCUCGAACAGAAGCAGCAGCAGCAGCAGCAGCAGCAGCGGCAGCAGCAGCAGCAGCAGCAGCAGCAGCAGCAGCAGCAAGGGCUGGUGCUGCCGCAACAGCCGCAGCUUUCCCCCGGGCCGCUGCCGCAGGAGCAGCUGCAGCAGCUGCAGCAGCUGCUGCAGCAGCAACAGCUGCAGCUGCAGCUGCAGCAGCAUCUUCAGGACCAGCUUUCGCAGCAGCAGCAGCAGCAGCAGCAGCAGCAGCAGCAGCUAGAGGCGCUGCAGUGGGGGGCCCCCAACCCGGGCCUCUCGGGGGGCCCCCAGGCCUUGGGAGCAGCAGAAUUAGCAGCAAUUAGUUCUCUGGCAAUGCGGCAACUCAACAUAAGUUGA